AGGGGUUUGCACAGCAUUUUAGAGCAGUGGUCUGGCAUUAAUUGUUCAAAGAUGCCACAAAUAUGGCUGCUGGGUUGGCUUACAAUAUUAACUGGACUGCAGUCAACGCAGCAAACAGGAAUGAAGAUGAUGCAGAUGACACCAGAAACGCCGAUGACGCCGAUGAAACCAGUGUCUAUACAGACAAAAAUCGAGAUGGUCUCUAACAGUGCCAUAGGUACUGCUCAUAAUGGACAAGUUUGCAGUACUUGGGGAAACUUCCACUUUUCCACAUUUGAUGGAGAUUUCUUCCAGUUGCCCUACACCUGCAACUACAUCCUUACCACCAUGUGUGACAGCACCCAGUCUGAGUUUAACAUCCAAAUGAGGAGGGAAAACAUUGGUGAACGUCCUGAAAUUACCGCUUUUACCAUAAAGCUGGGAGGGAUUGUAAUUAUGCUUCAACAAGGCAACAUCACCGUGAACAAUAAAGCAUUGAUCAUCCCAGGCUAUUAUAGUGGAAUUCGGAUUGAGAGAAUGACCAAUUACAUUAAAAUCCAAUCCAAGUUAGGACUGACAGUGUUUUGGGAUGAACACAACGCUCUCUCGAUUGAGAUCUCCAAAAACUAUAGGAAUCAGACAUGUGGACUUUGUGGGGACUUCAAUGGCAUCCUGGAGAAUGAGUUCAUUGAAAAUGGCCAACUAUUAACUCCUGAAGAAUUUGGCUAUAAAUGGAAGAUGGAUCUACCCACUGAAACAUGUGUGCAGACUGAGAUCUAUCCAAAGGAUAACUGCCAGAAACAGACAAACACAUGUCAGCACCUGCUUUACCAUCCCGCAUUUGAAAGCUGCCAUAACUUGUUGCCCACAAAUGUGUAUUUGGAAGCGUGUCUUGAAGACCUGUGUCAGUGCAACAGCAGUCGGGAUAGUUGCCUAUGCGACACACUCUCAGAGUUCUCACGUCAGUGUGCGCAUGCUGGGGGCACCCCAGCGAGCUGGAGAUCUCACAAGUUCUGUGGAAUAACAUGUCCAUUAAACAUGGUGCACAGUGAGUGUGGGAGUCCAUGUACAGACACCUGCUCAAACCAAGAGGGGAUCCAACUCUGUGCAGAUCACUGUGUGGAUGGAUGUGUCUGUCCACCUGGAACUGUGCUAGAUGACAUUAAUAAUACUGGCUGCAUCCCUGUUGAUGAAUGUCCCUGCACCCAUAAUGGCAAAACCUAUUCACCAGGACAAUCAUUUACAAGGACUUGUGAAGAUUGUGUCUGUUCAGAUGGGCGGUGGAAUUGCAUUACUCUGGACUGCUCUGGCACCUGCUCUUUGCUGGGAGGGUCUCAUGUCAUCACAUAUGACGGCAAAGCUUACAGCUUCCAUGGAAACUGUGAUUAUGUUCUUUCAAAGCAUAACAGUAGUGAUAUGACUGUGUUCGUGCAUCUGGCACAGUGUGGGGUAUCAGAGAGUGAAACAUGUCUGACUUCUGUGAAAUUCAUCAUCUCAGACUACCCUGUUACGAUCACAUCCACUGGCAAUGUAUUUCUAAACGAUGUUGCAACCAAGCUUCCUGUUGUUACUAAUCAAGUGAAACUCUUCAAGCCUUCUACAUUCUUUAUUAUUGCACAAACACCUAGCAUUCAGAUCAUCGUUCAGCUCGUUCCAGUUAUGCAGGUGUACUUGGAGGUCAGCUCAAAACAAAAGGGAACACUGAGCGGUCUGUGUGGGAACUUUAAUGACAAGCAAGCAGAUGAUUUUAAGGCAAAAUCAGGUCUCAUAGAGGGAACAGCCACAACCUUCGCCAGCACCUGGAAGACCACACUAUGUCAAGAUUUUAGUACUAGUCUCAAUGACCCCUGUAGUAUGAGUGUGGAAAAAGAGAUGUAUGCUAUGGAAUGGUGCCAGAUGCUCAGGGAUCCAGCUGGAGCGUUUGCUCCCUGUCAUAUUGAAAUCAACCCGAAGGAUUAUAUAAAGAGAUGCAAGUACGAUGCAUGUGUUUGUGCCCAUAGUGAGGACUGCAUGUGUGCUGCUGUGUCUUCCUAUGUUCAUGCAUGUGCUGCCAGAGGUGUAAUGCUGAAGGGCUGGAGAGAUAUCAUUUGCAAAACGUUCACACAGAAUUGUCCAGGCAAUAUGGAGUACUCCUAUAACCAGACCAGCUGUAGGAAGUCCUGCCGCUCUCUUAGCGAAAUUGACCAUACUUGCUAUCUGCCAUAUACACCUGUGGACGGUUGUGGCUGUGCCAAGAACACUUACCUCAAUGACAUGGGUGAAUGUGUGCCUUCCUCUGACUGCCCCUGUUACGUCAACAAUGAGAUUGUGGCCCCCAUGCAGGUCAUCAGCAAGGCUGGAAGUACAUGCACUUGUAGACAUGGCACACUACAAUGCACUGGACCUAAGGAAAUUACUACCUGCACAGCUCCUAUGGUCUACUUCAACUGUUCACAAGCUGAACCUGGACAAAAAGGAACAGAGUGCCAGAAUAUCUGUGAGACCCUGGACUCAAAUCCGUGUAUGAGCACACAGUGUAAAUCAGGGUGUGUAUGUCCUGAUGGUCUACUGGCUGAUGGCCAAGGAGGGUGUGUGACAAAAGAGCAGUGUCCAUGUUUUCAUAAUGGAGCAUUUUACCAACCUGGAGAGACAGUAAAAUCAGACUGCAACAACUGCACUUGUAAAAACAGGAAGUGGAGCUGCACAAAAAAGGAAUGUAACAAAAUAUGUACUAUUUACGGUGACAGUCAUUACAUUAGUUUUGAUGGUAGGAGAUAUACUUUCAACGGCAACUGUGAAUACACCCUGGCCCAGGACUACUGCGGCAACAGCAACAAGGGUUCAUUCCGUAUCAUCACAGAGAAUAUCCCCUGUGGCACCACUGGAACCACCUGCGCAAAGUCUAUUAAAAUCUUUUUAGGGAACAAACAGUUGCUACUGUCCGAGGAGAAUAUAAAAUCUGUGCAAUAUGAUAAUAGCACAGUAAUCCCUUAUAAAAUACAUUCUGUGGGGAUAUACUUGGUUAUUGAGGCUGAAAAUAGUCUCACCCUGAUUUGGGAUAAGAAGACAAGUCUAAUGGUCAAACUCGGGCCCUCGUUUAAGGGUGAAGUGUGUGGACUUUGUGGCAAUUAUGAUGGAGACUGGAAUAAUGAUUUCAUGACUCGUGGUGGUGAGGCAGUGGUUGAGCCAGCCGAAUUUGGAAACAGCUGGAGAGUUUCUGCUACAUGUCCCGAAGCCAGUGGUGUCCUCAGCCCCUGCAGUAUGAGACCUUACCGGCAGGCCUGGGCCAUAAGACAAUGCAGCAUUCUCAAGAGUGAAGUCUUUAGGAAAUGUCACACAGAAGUGGACCCAACACAAUAUUACGAGGCCUGUGUGCAAGACACAUGUGCCUGUGAUGCUGGUGGAGACUGUGAGUGUUUCUGCACUGCUGUGGCAGCCUAUGCUGCAGAAUGCAGUGGGAAAGGAGUAUGCAUAAUGUGGAGGAGCCCAACCAUUUGCCCAUUGUUUUGUGACUACUAUAACUUAAAUGAAGGCUGCGAGUGGCACUACAAACCCUGUGGACAAUCCUGCAUGAAAACCUGCAAGAACCCCACAGGAGUAUGCUACAGUGAAAUUCCUCCAUUAGAGGGAUGUUUUCCCCAGUGCCCUUCAGACAGGCCAUACCUGGAGGAGGCAACAAUGAAGUGUGUUGCAAGAAAGGAAUGUGGCUGUUAUGAUGAUGAAAGUAAUACACACUACAGUGUGGGAGAAAGUAUUCCAACAACCUUGAACUGCAAUAAAUGCUACUGUACUGCACAAGGUCCUUCUUGUAGCUACAGCAAAACAGAUUGCUACUGUGAGUAUAAUGGUCAGAAAUAUGAAACUGGACAGAUAAUAUACCACACAACAGAUGGCGAUGGAACAUGUAUCUCUGCUAGAUGUGAGCAAAAUGGAACAAUUAUCAGGAAAAUGGACCCAUGCACCACUACUCCUCCUACUCCUACUCCUACUUCUACUCCUACUCCUACUCCUACUAUGUCUGCCACAAUUUUUAAUUUCACAUCAACCAUGGAAACAUCGAGCACAACCACACAACCACCAGUUUCUUCAACAACAAUACCGGGCACUACAGUAACUACAGUAAUUUCAUCAACCACAACAGAAACAGUUUCUACACCAACAGUGGAAACAUCGAGCACAACCACACCAACAACUGAUUGCCAUCUUUGCCAAUGGUCAGAGUGGUUAAACAACAACUAUCCCUCUAGUACACGAGAUGGAAAAGACAUUGAAUCUAUAUCUACAUUUCGGAAUUCAGGAAAAAUUAGCUGCGAGAAACCGGACGAAAUUCAGUGCAGGGCCACUCAAUAUAAAGACACGUCUUUAUCAGACUUGGGCCAGAAGGUGAUAUGUAAUGUUACUGUUGGUCUGAUUUGUAAUAACAUAGAUCAAGAUGACUAUCAUUGUUUUGAUUAUGAAAUACGGGUGAAAUGCUGUGCUGAAAUGUGCCCUCCCACAACAACAACAACAACAGUUAGUCCAAGUACCACAUCUCAACCACCUGUUUCUUCAACAACAAUACCAAGCACUACAGUAACUACUGUAAUUCCACCAACCACAACAGAAACAGUUUCUACACCAACAGUGGAAACAUCGAGCACAACCACACAACCAUCAGUUUCUUCAACAACAAUACCAGGCACUACAGUGACUACAGUAAUUUCAUCAACCACAACAGAAACAGUUUCUACACCAACAGUGGAAACAUCGAGCACAACCACACCAACAACUGAUUGCCAUCUUUGCCAAUGGUCAGAGUGGUUAAACAACAACUAUCCCUCUAGUACACGAGAUGGAAAAGACAUUGAAUCUAUAUCUACAUUUCGGAAUUCAGGAAAAAUUAGCUGCGAGAAACCGGACGAAAUUCAGUGCAGGGCCACUCAAUAUAAAGACACGUCUUUAUCAGACUUGGGCCAGAAGGUGAUAUGUAAUGUUACUGUUGGUCUGAUUUGUAAUAACAUAGAUCAAGAUGACUAUCAUUGUUUUGAUUAUGAAAUACGGGUGAAAUGCUGUGCUGAAAUGUGCCCUCCCACAACAACAACAACAACAGUUAGUCCAAGUACCACAUCUCAACCACCUGUUUCUUCAACAACAAUACCAAGCACUACAGUAACUACUGUAAUUCCACCAACCACAACAGAAACAGUUUCUACACCAACAGUGGAAACAUCGAGCACAACCACACAACCACCUGUUUCUUCAACAACAAUACCAGGCACUACAGUGACUACAGUAAUUCCACCAACCACAACAGAAACAGUUUCUACACCAACAGUGGAAACAUCGAGCACAACCACACAACCACCAGUUUCUUCAACAACAAUACCAGGCACUACAGUGACUACAGUAAUUCCACCAACCACAACAGAAACAGUUUCUACAACAACAGUGGAAACAUCGAGCACAACCACACAACCACCAGUUUCUUCAACAACAAUACCAGGCACUACAGUGACUACAGUAAUUUCAUCAACCACAACAGAAACAGUUUCUACACCAACAGUGGAAACAUCGAGCACAACCACACCAACAACUGAUUGCCAUCUUUGCCAAUGGUCAGAGUGGUUAAACAACAACUAUCCCUCUAGUACACGAGAUGGAAAAGACAUUGAAUCUAUAUCUACAUUUCGGAAUUCAGGAAAAAUUAGCUGCGAGAAACCGGACGAAAUUCAGUGCAGGGCCACUCAAUAUAAAGACACGUCUUUAUCAGACUUGGGCCAGAAGGUGAUAUGUAAUGUUACUGUUGGUCUGAUUUGUAAUAACAUAGAUCAAGAUGACUAUCAUUGUUUUGAUUAUGAAAUACGGGUGAAAUGCUGUGCUGAAAUGUGCCCUCCCACAACAACAACAACAACAGUUAGUCCAAGUACCACAUCUCAACCACCUGUUUCUUCAACAACAAUACCAAGCACUACAGUAACUACUGUAAUUCCACCAACCACAACAGAAACAGUUUCUACACCAACAGUGGAAACAUCGAGCACAACCACACAACCACCAGUUUCUUCAACAACAAUACCAGGCACUACAGUGACUACAGUAAUUUCAUCAACCACAACAGAAACAGUUUCUACACCAACAGUGGAAACAUCGAGCACAACCACACCAACAACUGAUUGCCAUCUUUGCCAAUGGUCAGAGUGGUUAAACAACAACUAUCCCUCUAGUACACGAGAUGGAAAAGACAUUGAAUCUAUAUCUACAUUUCGGAAUUCAGGAAAAAUUAGCUGCGAGAAACCGGACGAAAUUCAGUGCAGGGCCACUCAAUAUAAAGACACGUCUUUAUCAGACUUGGGCCAGAAGGUGAUAUGUAAUGUUACUGUUGGUCUGAUUUGUAAUAACAUAGAUCAAGAUGACUAUCAUUGUUUUGAUUAUGAAAUACGGGUGAAAUGCUGUGCUGAAAUGUGCCCUCCCACAACAACAACAACAACAACAGUUAGUCCAAGUACCACAUCUCAACCACCUGUUUCUUCAACAACAAUACCAAGCACUACAGUAACUACUGUAAUUCCACCAACCACAACAGAAACAGUUUCUACACCAACAGUGGAAACAUCGAGCACAACCACACAACCACCAGUUUCUUCAACAACAAUACCAGGCACUACAGUGACUACAGUAAUUCCACCAACCACAACAGAAACAGUUUCUACACCAACAGUGGAAACAUCGAGCACAACCACACAACCACCAGUUUCUUCAACAACAAUACCAAGCACUACAGUAACUACUGUAAUUCCACCAACCACAACAGAAACAGUUUCUACACCAACAGUGGAAACAUCGAGCACAACCACACAACCACCAGUUUCUUCAACAACAAUACCAGGCACUACAGUGACUACAGUAAUUUCAUCAACCACAACAGAAACAGUUUCUACACCAACAGUGGAAACAUCGAGCACAACCACACAACCACCAGUUUCUUCAACAACAAUACCAGGCACUACAGUGACUACAGUAAUUCCACCAACCACAACAGAAACAGUUUCUACACCAACAGUGGAAACAUCGAGCACAACCACACAACCACCUGUUUCUUCAACAACAAUACCAAGCACUACAGUAACUACUGUAAUUCCACCAACCACAACAGAAACAGUUUCUACACCAACAGUGGAAACAUCGAGCACAACCACACAACCACCAGUUUCUUCAACAACAAUACCAGGCACUACAGUGACUACAGUAAUUUCAUCAACCACAACAGAAACAGUUUCUACACCAACAGUGGAAACAUCGAGCACAACCACACCAACAACUGAUUGCCAUCUUUGCCAAUGGUCAGAGUGGUUAAACAACAACUAUCCCUCUAGUACACGAGAUGGAAAAGACAUUGAAUCUAUAUCUACAUUUCGGAAUUCAGGAAAAAUUAGCUGCGAGAAACCGGACGAAAUUCAGUGCAGGGCCACUCAAUAUAAAGACACGUCUUUAUCAGACUUGGGCCAGAAGGUGAUAUGUAAUGUUACUGUUGGUCUGAUUUGUAAUAACAUAGAUCAAGAUGACUAUCAUUGUUUUGAUUAUGAAAUACGGGUGAAAUGCUGUGCUGAAAUGUGCCCUCCCACAACAACAACAACAACAGUUAAUCCAAGUACCACAUCUCAACCACCUGUUUCUUCAACAACAAUACCAAGCACUACAGUAACUACUGUAAUUCCACCAACCACAACAGAAACAGUUUCUACACCAACAGUGGAAACAUCGAGCACAACCACACAACCACCAGUUUCUUCAACAACAAUACCAGGCACUACAGUGACUACAGUAAUUUCAUCAACCACAACAGAAACAGUUUCUACACCAACAGUGGAAACAUCGAGCACAACCACACCAACAACUGAUUGCCAUCUUUGCCAAUGGUCAGAGUGGUUAAACAACAACUAUCCCUCUAGUACACGAGAUGGAAAAGACAUUGAAUCUAUAUCUACAUUUCGGAAUUCAGGAAAAAUUAGCUGCGAGAAACCGGACGAAAUUCAGUGCAGGGCCACUCAAUAUAAAGACACGUCUUUAUCAGACUUGGGCCAGAAGGUGAUAUGUAAUGUUACUGUUGGUCUGAUUUGUAAUAACAUAGAUCAAGAUGACUAUCAUUGUUUUGAUUAUGAAAUACGGGUGAAAUGCUGUGCUGAAAUGUGCCCUCCCACAACAACAACAACAACAGUUAGUCCAAGUACCACAUCUCAACCACCUGUUUCUUCAACAACAAUACCAAGCACUACAGUAACUACUGUAAUUCCACCAACCACAACAGAAACAGUUUCUACACCAACAGUGGAAACAUCGAGCACAACCACACAACCACCUGUUUCUUCAACAACAAUACCAGGCACUACAGUAACUACUGUAAUUCCACCAACCACAACAGAAACAGUUUCUACACCAACAGUGGAAACAUCGAGCACAACCACACAACCACCUGUUUCUUCAACAACAAUACCAGGCACUACAGUGACUACAGUAAUUCCACCAACCACAACAGAAACAGUUUCUACACCAACAGUGGAAACAUCGAGCACAACCACACAACCACCAGUUUCUUCAACAACAAUACCGGGCACUACAGUGACUACUGUAAUUCCACCAACCACAACAGAAACAGUUUCUACAACAACAGUGGAAACAUCGAGCACAACCACACAACCACCAGUUUCUUCAACAACAAUACCAGGCACUACAGUGACUACAGUAAUUCCAUCAACCACAACAGAAACAGUUUCUACACCAACAGUGGAAACAUCGAGCACAACCACACAACCACCUGUUUCUUCAACAACAAUACCAUGCACUACAGUAACUACUGUAAUUCCACCAACCACAACAGAAACAGUUUCUACACCAACAGUGGAAACAUCGAGCACAACCACACAACCACCUGUUUCUUCAACAACAAUACCAGGCACUACAGUGACUACAGUAAUUCCACCAACCACAACAGAAACAGUUUCUACAACAACAGUGGAAACAUCGAGCACAACCACACAACCACCAGUUUCUUCAACAACAAUACCAGGCACUACAGUGACUACAGUAAUUUCAUCAACCACAACAGAAACAGUUUCUACACCAACAGUGGAAACAUCGAGCACAACCACACCAACAACUGAUUGCCAUCUUUGCCAAUGGUCAGAGUGGUUAAACAACAACUAUCCCUCUAGUACACGAGAUGGAAAAGACAUUGAAUCUAUAUCUACAUUUCGGAAUUCAGGAAAAAUUAGCUGCGAGAAACCGGACGAAAUUCAGUGCAGGGCCACUCAAUAUAAAGACACGUCUUUAUCAGACUUGGGCCAGAAGGUGAUAUGUAAUGUUACUGUUGGUCUGAUUUGUAAUAACAUAGAUCAAGAUGACUAUCAUUGUUUUGAUUAUGAAAUACGGGUGAAAUGCUGUGCUGAAAUGUGCCCUCCCACAACAACAACAACAACAGUUAGUCCAAGUACCACAUCUCAACCACCUGUUUCUUCAACAACAAUACCAAGCACUACAGUAACUACUGUAAUUCCACCAACCACAACAGAAACAGUUUCUACACCAACAGUGGAAACAUCGAGCACAACCACACAACCACCUGUUUCUUCAACAACAAUACCAGGCACUACAGUGACUACUGUAAUUCCACCAACCACAACAGAAACAGUUUCUACACCAACAGUGGAAACAUCGAGCACAACCACACAACCACCUGUUUCUUCAACAACAAUACCAGGCACUACAGUGACUACUGUAAUUCCACCAACCACAACAGAAACAGUUUCUACAACAACAGUGGAAACAUCGAGCACAACCACACAACCACCAGUUUCUUCAACAACAAUACCAGGCACUACAGUGACUACAGUAAUUUCAUCAACCACAACAGAAACAGUUUCUACACCAACAGUGGAAACAUCGAGCACAACCACACCAACAACUGAUUGCCAUCUUUGCCAAUGGUCAGAGUGGUUAAACAACAACUAUCCCUCUAGUACACGAGAUGGAAAAGACAUUGAAUCUAUAUCUACAUUUCGGAAUUCAGGAAAAAUUAGCUGCGAGAAACCGGACGAAAUUCAGUGCAGGGCCACUCAAUAUAAAGACACGUCUUUAUCAGACUUGGGCCAGAAGGUGAUAUGUAAUGUUACUGUUGGUCUGAUUUGUAAUAACAUAGAGCAAGAUGACUAUCAUUGUUUUGAUUAUGAAAUACGGGUGAAAUGCUGUGCUGAAAUGUGCCCGCCCACAACAACAACAACAACAGUUAGUCCAAGUACCACAUCUCAACCACCUGUUUCUUCAACAACAAUACCAAGCACUACAGUAACUACUGUAAUUCCACCAACCACAACAGAAACAGUUUCUACACCAACAGUGGAAACAUCGAGCACAACCACACAACCACCUGUUUCUUCAACAACAAUACCAGGCACUACAGUGACUACUGUAAUUCCACCAACCACAACAGUAACAGUUUCUACACCAACAGUGGAAACAUCGAGCACAACCACACAACCACCAGUUUCUUCAACAACAAUACCGGGCACUACAGUGACUACUGUAAUUCCACCAACCACAACAGAAACAGUUUCUACACCAACAGUGGAAACAUCGAGCACAACCACACAACCACCAGUUUCUUCAACAACAAUACCGGGCACUACAGUAACUACUGUAAUUCCACCAACCACAACAGAAACAGUUUCUACACCAACAGUGGAAACAUCGAGCACAACCACACAAACACCUGUUUCUUCAACAACAAUACCAAGCACUACAGUAACUACUGUAAUUCCACCAACCACAACAGAAACAGUUUCUACACCAACAGUGGAAACAUCGAGCACAACCACACAACCACCUGUUUCUUCAACAACAAUACCAGGCACUACAGUGACUACAGUAAUUCCACCAACCACAACAGAAACAGUUUCUACACCAACAGUGGAAACAUCGAGCACAACCACACAACCACCUGUUUCUUCAACAACAAUACCGGGCACUACAUCACACCAUGUGAUAACUGGGGGCACUCGUUCAACUCAACCUCAGUGUUCCUGCCAAUACAUGGGCCACCAAUUUUUGAACGGGUCUGUCAUGUAUAACAAAACUGAUGGAACAGGAUGGUGUUUCAUUGCUUAUUGUGAUUCAGAGUGUAACGUUUACAAGCAGUCAGUUCCGUGCCUUACUACACCAACUACACCAUCUACUCUUACAACACCUUCUACAACAUUUUCUACAAAACACCCUCCUAUUACUUCUACCCCUUCUAUCCCUAAGGAUUGCACAUACCUUAAUCCACCAAGAAAGAAUGGAGAAAGCUGGAAAAAAGACUGUAAAGAUGAAAUAUGCACAGAUGGCUCUGUUAUCUCAAAACCUGUGCAAUGUGUCAACUCAGAUCUUCCUGUGCCAGUGUGUGAAAACACUCUCCCUCCUGUUAAGGUCUAUGAUGAGACCAGGUGUUGCUAUCAUUAUGAAUGCCAAUGCAAAUGUUCCGGUUGGGGAGAUCCACAUUAUGUCACUUUCGAUGGGGAGUAUUAUGCUUUCCAAGGAAAUUGCACAUAUGUUUUGGUCCAGGAAAUCAUCAAGAAGUACAAUUUCUCUGUGCAUAUCAAGAACUAUAUGUGUGACACUGUCCAAAAUUUGGCUUGUCCUGACUAUUUGACUGUAUACUAUAAAUCAUAUAAAAUCGAUUUGAAACAGACAAGAAACCCAACUGUGAAUAAAAUAUAUGUCAACGAUGUGGAGAAGUCCAAUGUUUACUCUAAUGCAGACUUCACCAUAACCACAACGGGUAUUGCGAUGACUCUAGAUAUUCCUGCUAUCCAAGCACAGGUUACCUUCAAAGGCAUGAACUUUGUAGUCAACCUUCCAUUUUCCUUAUUCCACAAUAACACAGAAGGACAAUGUGGCAAAUGUGACAACAACACAUCAAAUGACUGCAGACUGCCUAAUGGAGCAACAGCCGAGUCAUGUGAAGUAAUGGCUCCUAAGUGGCAAGUGAAUAAAACAAAGUGCCCCAAUCCUCCCCCACCUCCCACAAAAACUCCUACAGCCAAGCCAUGUCAACCAGCCAUCUGCAAUAUCAUCUUCAACAAAGUGUUUGAAAAGUGCCACAAACUCCUUAACCCAGAAAUCUCCUACAAGGCAUGUGUAUACGAUGUGUGCCAUAUGCAGAACGCCACUGGUUGUUCCAGCCUGGAGAAUUACGCUCACAUGUGUGCUGACGAAUCUAUAUGUGUGGACUGGAGGGGCCUAACUAAUGGAAUGUGUGCACCCAAUUGUCCCAGCAAUAAAGUUUACAUGGCAUGUGGGCCAAAGGUGGAAGGGACCUGCAAUUCAAGGUUCAAUGAAAAGUUUGUAAAUUGCGAGUCAUCUGAGUGUCUUCAAAAUUUCCAAGAAGGAUGCUUCUGCCCUAAUGGAACCACCCUCUUUAACACUGUUUCAAAUAUAUGCACAGCAUUCUGUGGUUGUAUAGGUUCUGAUGGACUGCCCAAGCAGCCGGGAGAAAAAUGGCGCUCACAAUGUAAUGAUUGUACGUGCAGUAAAGAAUCCAUGGGUCCAGUGUGUGAACCGGUUUUGUGUCCAAAGCCAGAGAACUGUACCAUAGCAGGCUAUGAGCUUCAGACUGUGGAUUGCUGUCAGAAGUGUGUGUGCAACUCUAAUUUGUGCCCUGAAGCCUUCGUGGUAUGCCCGGCUGGAUUUCAGCCAGUACAAAACAAAACAAAUAGUGACUGUUGCACCACUUUCUCUUGUGAACCCAAGUAUGUGUGUGUCUUCAAUGAAACUGAGUAUUUGCCUGGUGAUAAAGUUCCAUCCGACUCCUGUGAAGUCUGUGUUUGUGGUUCAACAGUGAACCCCAGCACUAGUCUUCUUAAUACAGAAUGCACUCCUAUGUCCUGCAACAAAACCUGCCCCAUGGGCUUUUCCUAUGAAGCUGUACCAGGGCAGUGCUGUGGAAUAUGUGUACAGGAACAGUGUGUAUAUAACAAUGCAGGUCCCCCCAGCACCAUAAUCACGAUUGAGGUUGGACAGAGUUGGACUGAUCAAAAUGAACCGUGUGUGACCAUCAAUUGCACAAAAGUCAACGAUGCAUUUGUCUUGGUGAAGAUACCCCCUUCAUGUCCUGAGUAUAAUCCAGAAGUCUGCAUUCCUGGCACAGAGCAAACCACAGCAAAUGGAUGUUGCAAAACAUGCCAGCAGCAAAACUGCCAUGUGUUAAAGAACAGCACCUAUUUGGAGGUUGACAACUGUAUCUCCAUCAAUCCUGUGGAGAUAACCUCCUGCGCUGGAUCCUGUAACACCAGCUCAAUAUAUUCAAUGGCAGCGAACACCAUGAUGCACCACUGCUCCUGCUGUCAGGAGCUCAAAACCAGCUCCAUUGAAGUGCAGCUGCGCUGUGCCAACGAUCGCCUCAAGCCAUACACCUACACUCACAUCGAACAGUGUGGCUGCCAUAUCACAGAGUGCUCAGACUCAAAAGAAUCUGGUUAAACGCUACAUUCCACCAUUACAGCUUACAGAAUUGAAAUAGAGCAUGAUAUAUUAAAGGAUAUAAUCAAUUAAUUCCUUUGAGUAAUGCCAGAAAUAUGUUUCGUGGCAAAUAUACUGUAUGAUUUUGUCAGCAUGAGAACAGGGUUCUGUGUUUCGCCAUCCACGUAAACAUACAUAGGACAUAAACACUUUCUUAUCCUGCAUGCUUUGUAUUUCUCUGGUGUUGAUGGCUACAUAUACACUUUUUACAAUCUAAUUAAUGAUAAUAAAAAUGAAUCCUAUUGCAAGCAAACAAAA